GCGGGCCGCCCCUAGGCCCCACCCCGCGGGCGGAGACCGCACCAAGAAAUCGUCGCCUGGGCCCUGCCGUCCAGCCAGUGCCCAGAGGCUGUCUAGAUCGUCACCGCGCGGAGGAUGGGGCUCUGAUGGCCAUGGACGGCUACAGGGGCUUCUUGGGGCUGCUGGUGUCGGCGCUGCUCGUCGGCUUCCUGUCUGUGCUCUUCACCCUCAUCUGGGUCCUCCACUACCGGGAGGGCCUCGGCUGGGACGGGAGCGCGCUCGAGUUCAACUGGCACCCAGUGCUCGCGGUGACCGGCUUCGUCUUCGUCCAGGGCAUCGCCAUCAUCGUAUAUAGACUACCAUGGACCUGGAAAUGCAGCAAGCUCCUGAUGAAAUCCAUCCAUGCGGGCUUAAACAGUGUGGCUGCCAUUCUUGCCAUCAUCUCUGUGGUGGCUGUGUUUGAUAACCACAAUGUCAGCAAUGUCCCUCACAUGUACAGCUUGCACAGCUGGGUUGGACUGACAACUCUCAUACUGUAUGUCUUACAGCUUGUCCUAGGUUUCUUCAUCUUUCUGCUUCCUUGGGCUCCACUUUCUCUGCGAGCGUUGGUCAUGCCCAUUCAUGUCUAUUCUGGACUCCUCCUCUUUGGAACCGUGAUUGCAACAGUACUUAUGGGGGUGACAGAGAAACUAUUUUUUGUCCUGAAAAACCCUUCAUACCAUACAUUUCCACCAGAAGGUGUUUUUACAAAUACCCUUGGUCUUUUGAUUGUGGUGUUCGGAGCCCUCAUUUUUUGGAUCGCCACCCGACCACAAUGGAAACGUCCAAAGGAACCAGAUUCUAUCCUGUUUCAGCCAAACGGAGGCCCUGCAGAUGGGAUGGAAGGUGCCAUCGCCAUAAGCUCUGGCAACAACAUGGACAAAUCCGAUUCAGAGCUCAACAGUGAAGUAGCAGCCAGGAAAAGAAACCUUGGCCUUGAUGAGGCUGGCCAGAGAUCUACCAUGUAAAAUGUUAAGGGGAUAGAGCUGAUACCCAGCUCUGACCUUUAGCUGCUUCUUAGUUGUAGAUGACUGAGCUACAAUAUCAAUGCUUGCUGUAAUCAUCAAGGAAGAAUUCUUGGGUUUGUAUUCAUUGAGGCCUACCAACUGACCUUAACUGGAAAGGACAUGAUCAAUAUAAAAAUAAUAGCAGACGUCAAUUGUGUUUCUUCUUUUGUGUUGAGAAUUGACUUCCCUUAAAUUCCCCAACAGACUUUGUCAGGCAGGUGUGAUUAGUAUCUCCAUUUUUCCAGGUGAGCGAUCUGAAGCCUGGGGAAGUAAGUAAUGUGCCCCAAGGUGGCAAUCUUCUAACUGGUUGAAGUGAUCAUGUGGCUUCUGGGUCCAGGAUCCUAACCACCCCACUGUGCUACUUUUCUGUUCUAUACUAAUUUGCACCACCUUGGCCAGUCUCGAAUAAUCUUCAAUUGUUGGAAUGGAGUGGAGUGGCAUUGUUCAAAGACACUUGUUUACCUUUGACUGACUUCUAGGAAGCUCACCAAGAAAGCCAAGGAAAAGGUUCUCCACUUGCACUUUAGAUCUGUGGGCUCGAUCUAUCCUGUAGACCAUGGGGUAUCUGCCUCUGCCAACAAGCCAUAGCCUCCUUUGAUGUCCUUUUAACACAAGUGUGCCUUGGUGACUGAAGGAACUGGGCACAAACAUUCAUAGCUUUCAGGAUUCAUCCAUUGUAAUAUUUGUUUUACAGAAUCUUAGUGGUUGAUCCUUUGCCCUUGGUAAGAACUUGCUCACUGUCUGUUCUUCCCCAGGGCAAGAGCCAGGAAUCUUUGAUUUUCAUAGAGGAGUAAGAGAACAUGUUGAGUUCUUAGUAAAGAAGUGAGACUUAGAGAUGGUAACUUUUCAUGCAUCUUUUUUUUUUUUUUUU